AUGAACCACUCCAUAGUAACCGAUGACGAAGUUCGCGAGUUCUUCUUAAAUUGUUCCUCAGAGACAGUUAUUGAAUCAAUCGCUGACUUGCAUGAGUCAUUGAGACUCUAUUCUGAAAACCAUGGGAUACUGCCCAAUAGAAUAUUCAAAACGCUGGGUGAAAACGAUGAGGAUUCGAAGAUAUCCCACAUAUUCAUGCCAGUUGUAAGUAGAGAUUUUUCUGGAAUAAAAAUCUUGGUUAAUAACAACAAUAAAAACUUCCAGGGUGUAAUUAAUCUUCUAGAACCCGAAACAGGGAAAUUAAAUGGCUGCUUUGAAGCCAAACAAAUUACUGCGAUAAGAACUGCACUGGUGUCAUGCAUUGGUUUAUAUAAGCAACUGUCGGAUCCUCAUCAUGGAUGGUUUAAGUUUGAAGAUGGCAUUUGCCAGUUGACAUGUUUCGGUACUGGUCUGCAAGCAUUUUGGCACAUUUACGUAUGCAUUAAAAUAUUAAUGUCGGAAGCCUUUAAAAGGUCUUUAAACGCUAUCAAAGUUAACAUACUAUAUCACAAGAACACGAUGGAUUUGGCUUGCUUAAAAUCAUUGAGUAAAUCAUUUGGAAAUGAACUAAACAUAGAUUUUAACCAAUAUCAAUUGGGGACCGGCGAAGAUCAUAAGAGCCCAAAAGCAAAUGAUGCUGUUUCUAGUAGUGAUAUUAUUUUUGGUUGUCUGCCUACAUCGACACCGAACUUGUUUUUGAAUCAACUGACAAAUAGCAAGAAUUCUAACGAGCCAAAACACACUUACAUCUCGCUAAUUGGGAGUUAUAAGCCAAUAAUGCAUGAAUGUGAUAAAGAUUUAGUUGAUGUGUUCAAGUCCAGUGAUGAAAAUGUCCGUAUUUUAGUGGAUUCAAGGGAGCACACACUUUUAGAAUCUGGAGAAUUAAUUGAUUCCGAAAUCAACCCCGAUAACGUCAUUGAGAUAGGUGAACUAGAUUCGAUAAAAGAUAUCGUUUUAGAUCUACACGGGAAGAGCAGCAAAAGAUCUAUUACGCUGUGUAAAAUUGUUGGGCUAGCAGUUAUGGAUGUAGCGUUUGCCAAGAAAUUCUUAAACUUGAAGGCCAAGGAUGAAGCAUGCGAAGAAUAA